AAUUAAUCAGUUUUGUUAUACAGUUUAAUUAGUUAUGUAUGCUGUAAUUUUUUUUUAAUAUUAUGGCAGCUAAUAAAAUUUUGUAGCUUUUUUUUUGAAAAUUUUUUUUACUAGUUUUUAGGGUUUUAUAUAUAAAAAAAAUUUUAAAAAAUUUUGGGGAUUUUUUUUUUCAUGCCGUUAGCGAUGAAAAUACAACCUAUAGAUACAACAACGAUACCGGAAUGUACGGAGGCGUCGUUGAAGACGAUACCGAAAUCAAGGUUUAAACGAUUGUUCGAUUUUUCGAGUUUUUUGAGGUCAAAUUCAGCUGCUGUUGUAGCACCAGCUGAAUUAGAGCCGAGUUCAGUGUGUUUAGAUAAACUAGUUGAGAGUUUUCUAGAAGAUAGUAAUAAUGAAAAACAAACUGGUGGCGGUGGCCGGAAUAAUUGUGAUGACGGUGGUGGUGGUGGUUCUGAUGAUGAUUUUGACGGUUUUAACUGUUUUGGUAACUCUAAUAAUCACAACCAUGUUACUGAUGCAUGUGAUCCUUUAAAGAGUUUGGUGGCGUGUGAGGUGGUUUGUGAAAGGAAUUUGUUGGCGGAUGUUGCGAAAAUUGUUGAAAAGAACAAGAUCUCUUGUAAAAGGAAAGAUGAAGUGAGUAGAAAGAUUGUUGUUGAUGGGCUUUUGGCUAAUGGAUACACUACUGUAUCUAUAUGUAAAUCCAAGUGGGAUAAAACUUCUACUUAUCCGGCAGGGGAAUACGAGUAUAUUGAUGCUGUGAUAGAAGGGGAACGUUUGAUUGUCGAUAUCGAUUUCAGAGCAGAAUUUGAAGUAGCAAGGUCCACUAAAAGUUACAAAGCUGUUCUGCAGAUGCUUCCUCAUAUAUUUGUGGGUAAACCUGACCGUUUACAAAAGAUCAUCAACAUAGUUUCUGAUGCGGCGAAACAAAGCUUGAAGAAGAAAGGAAUGCCUUUGCCUCCAUGGAGAAGGGUGGAGUAUGUCAAAGCUAAAUGGCUAUCACCUUGUAAUAAAAUGGCCAACAAUUGUGCUGACAGCAACCAGUCUUUUAGUGAAAUGACGAUGAAAUCUAACCCGGUUUCUGACCCAAAUGACGCGGUUUUGUGUGAUGAAGUUGAAGUUGUUGGAGCUGCAGAGGAAGAAGAAGUUGUGAAACAAUGGGAGCCGGUAGAGAUCAAACCUAAGGCACCAAAGACUGGAGGUAAAGUCGUUAGUGGUUUAGCUUCUGUGAUCGAAGGCAACUGAUAGUUACAUAUAGAGGUUCAAUAUGCCUAACCCGUUUACUCCCAAACUGCCUUUUGAAUUUGUGGUUCUUGAACCCUUAAAAAUGGAACCCAGUUCAAAGAGUGAUUUGGAUGAGUUGGGAUUAUGGACUAAUUGGACCCUUAAAGGUUUUGCUAUUUUUGACCAUCUUAUGUUUGUUUUUGGUUUUGGUUUUUAGUUUUCAGUCUGGUCUUUUUGGCACCAGGGAAAAAAAAGAGAAAAAGGAAAAAAAAAAAAAGGUAAGAAAAAAUAUAUAUACCUAAAGAAGAUUAGAUGGGUAGACUGAAAGUCCCCUUGGUGUUUUUUGGUGUAAGGGUCCAUCUUUUUUACUAACUACUUUUAAUCAUAAUAAUGAUAUAUAUAAAUAAUCAAAUAUUUGGAAUAUUCUAUGGUAAUAUUUUUCUACAUGAUCUCUUGUUCUCUUAGAUUAUUUUUAUCUUCCGUCAAGUUUAUAUAAUUGUCCCUUAGAGGUAUAUUAUGUCCCGUAGCCUGCCUAUGUCGGAUGGGCUUGGUGGUGGUUCUUGUAAUUGCGUUAGUGUGUCGUGUUAAGUUGUUUUCAAUCGAAAGUGUAUUAGUACAGUAUAUUUGAACAUCUUUGGGUAUGUAAAAUUGUGAUCUUUUCAGUUUGUUAUC